AUGGUGGGCCCACAGUACGAUUUUCUGGGGAACCCUCUGGGUGCCGUCAGAUCCACCUUCGACACCGCCAUAGCUUCCGGUUCCGAUCCUUCCUCCUUCGAAGGUCGCGACUGGGGCGCCCUUCCCCUCUUCCACCACUUCCUCUUCGACCAGUCCAGAAUCUCUCAGGUUCCUCUUCUCACCCCUACCACCAUCAGAUCUAUCAAGCCCAAUACUCUCGUUCGGUUUCGUGGAAUGGUACAAGACAUGCCCGGGAAUGAAUUUUAUGUUGGCGCUUAUAAGGAUGGUUCGGUGUGGAGGACGAACAAGUAUAUGGAUGUUUCCCAAUAUCCUAUUCGUUCUUCAGCGGAUACGCGAAUCUGGGAGCGUAGACUGCUCUAUUGUGUCCCGGUUCCGGGACUGAGUCCAUGGACUGAAGUUUCAGCUGAAGAUUUUGGCAAUCUAUCUUUGGAUUGGAUGUUGGACAGUAGAGAAAAGCGGAGGAGAGAAGAUGGCGAGUCUUCUGAUAUGCAUGUUUCUUGUGACGAGGUUCAGGAUUCUCCAAAUGCCAAAAGAAUGAGAGAAGGUGAACACUCUUCCAUUGCUUCUCAUUCCCAGGAAGCUGCAACUGAUAUUGCCAGUUCUGGUACAAGUUUGGGGUAUGAUAUUGGUAGCAACUCACCUCCUUGUCUUGUGAAGAUAUAUGAUUCUUCAGAGUCUGAAGUGAAACUGAAUGACAUUUUUGAGUUUGUGGGUAUCCUGACAUCUGAUCCAGAACUUCAGGAGGACAAUGAAGAUUGUGAUUUAUCAAAUGGAUUUUCUGAAGAUCCUUUGCGCCAUUUCCCACCUAACAAGGUGCCACGCCUUCAUUGUUUUAUUCACAGGAAACUAGUGAUUCAAGAUUUCCUUAAGAAUAACCCUACUAUAGAGCCAAAGCCAGACUCGGUCAAAGGACUCAGAGAAGCAUUGCUAAGACAUCUCACGGCUAUUCUUGGCAAUGAUGACGUUACUUCUCAUUUCGUGUUGCUACAUCUUCUAUCCAAGGUGCAUGCGAGAGAUAAUGCUCUUGCCGUGGGAAAACUUUCACUAAAUCUUACUUGCUUUAAAAAAGAAACCGUCUCUGUUUUUGGAAAACAACUUACCCUUGUUCUGAAGAACCUUCUGCCAUUCACAUUUUACAUACCCCUUACAGUCGAAUACUUGAACGCUGUUUCACUUGCGCCAAAAAAGAAUUAUUAUACUAACAGACUGGAAACUGGUGUCUUGCAACUAGCUGAAGGUUCACACUUGAUUGUUGAUGAGACCAAACUAGAAGCUGGAACUCUCAACUCUGUAGGGGUAGAGAAUUGCAGGCUGCUGAAAAAUUUAAUGGAGUUGCAACAGGUGGAAUAUGAUUUCAAGUACUUUAAAAUGGAUAUGAAAACUGAUACCCAACUGCUAGUUUUGUCGGAGGGGAAAUCAAAUAUCUUGCCAGCUGAUGUGAUUGUACCUUUCCAGCCUUCGGCAAACAAUUACUCUGAAGCUGUGACUACAGAAGUUUUGGAAGCUUGGAGAUGGUAUUUGGCCACUGUUAGACAGCUACCACACUCUAUUGAACCAGAAAUGCAGAAGGUGGUAGAAAUGGAUUUAGUUGCAGCAAGGCAAGCAGACAGGAGCUUGGGUCCCCAAGAGUUAAGCAGAUUGUUAACAAUGGGGCGUCUCAUGUCAUUGAGCUAUGGUGAGACCAGCCUGUCACUAGAACAUUGGCAGAUGGUCAAGGAAUUAGAGAGGUUGCGAAGACAGAGGUUACAAUGA